UANGCAUAAAAAUUGUUUGAUGUAUUCAAACAGAAAAUUCGGAAAGCAAAAUCAAACAAUAGCAUACUGAAGCCACUAGAGUAGUGUAUAGCGCAAGCGGAUAACAGCCGCAUACAUACACACAUAUUUAACAAAAAAGUAAGAGAGAAAGCAAAUUUCAACGGAAACGGAACUAAAAUGAUUUUGAAUGGCAUUUUGCGCGAACAAGCGUUCUCCGCAUUUUUAAUGGUCGUCCUGUUGUCGUUGUCGCUGAGAGAGAACUACGUACAAGCGCAGGAACCGCGACGUGACAAUAAAUGGCCACCGCCAGCUGUUCUGAAAAUGGCGAAGAUAUUCCAUGACACUUGCGUUGAAAAAACUGGCGUAACUGAAGAGGCCAUCAAGGAAUUCAGCGACGGUCAGAUACACGAAGAUGAGGCGCUCAAAUGUUAUAUGAAUUGUCUGUUCCAUGAAAUCGAUGUGGUGGACGAUAAUGGUGAUGUGCAUUUGGAAACGCUAUACAACACCGUGCCGGGUACUGUGCGUGAUAAACUGAUAAACAUGGCAAAGGAUUGCGUGCAUCCGCAGGGCGAUACGCUUUGUCACAAGGCUUGGUGGUUCCAUCAGUGCUGGAAGAAGGCCGAUCCUGUGCAUUACUUCCUGCCUUAAAUUUCUUGGCACAAGCUGAUAUCUUGUAUGUUCCGGCAUAUCGUUGUCACUGACUUCUUGUACCAUCAAAAACUUUGACGACAGAACCUUAGAAAAAGCCAGUUGUGUGGAUAAAAUAAAAGUUUAUGUAGAGUUUUUCUUUUAUUUAGUUAAGUCAAAUUUUAUUUUAUUAAAGCAUUACAAAA